CACGCGCGCAAAAUCGUUGACAGCAGUUCGCACUGCUCGCAGGCGCACUAAGCUGAGCCGACGACGACUUCGGACUUGUCACUGUCAGUUCACUCGAAGUCGCAACAGUGUGAGCUUUACGUUCUCUCUUUUCUUAUUUUUAACAGAUGACGAGGAUGGCCGGCCGGAGCGUCUAAGUGGGUGUCAGGUCUCAGCUGAAGGUGCAAGCGAAAUUCUAAGUGCCACAGUUAUGUACAUGCGAGUACUAGCAGUUUACGGGAAAAGAUUCGGAUUUAAAUAUUGGAAGAUGUCCGAUGCGUGUAUACAGGAGCGAUAAAUAAUCCGUCCAAACUGUUGCGAGGAAGAAACACGGGAGGAAACUGUUGAACCUACGUUGAAGCGUACCAUCGCUGGAUAUUAUGUCGGGCGCUGGACCUAUCAUAUCGCAAACCAUCGCUCAUCUGCCGACGGAGAAGGAGCACGGGCUUGUCCCGACCGUAGAUUACUCCAGCAUCAGAGGCAAGAACAUCUUGGUCAGUCCAUCUGAGGAUCAAUACGAACUAUUACUGAGGAAGCUGAAAGAAAGGAUUCAGGAUGGAGGCAGCGAAACAAUCUUUGACAUUGGUAUCGCUGAAGAUGGAUCCGAGGAUGGAUUAAAGGAGGACGAGUACGAAGCGUCGGUUGCCACUUUGCAGUCUCUCGCUGCGACAUUGGAAGCAGAUUGUGUACUUCUACGUCAGAGUAAGGCGGAUCACGGUCUAACGGGGCAGUAUCUAGUGAGAAGACGUCUGGAUCGACAAGAUUUUUUAGAGAUCAGAGUUGCUGUGGUUGGUAAUGUAGAUGCUGGUAAAUCCACUCUGUUGGGAGUACUGACUCACGGUGAACUUGACAAUGGACGAGGACUGGCGCGUCAGAAAUUAUUCCGCCACAAGCACGAAGCUGAAACAGGACGAACCAGCUCUGUUGGAAAUGAUAUACUUGGAUUCGAUAGCGUUGGUAACGUAGUUAAUAAGCCUGAGCACGGUUCAUUGGAUUGGGUGAAGAUAUGUGAAAAAUCCUCUAAAGUGAUUACAUUCAUCGAUCUCGCCGGUCACGAGAGAUACUUGAAGACGACUGUUUUCGGAAUGACUGGACACGCUCCAGACUUCGGCAUGCUAAUGAUCGGAGCAAACGCUGGCAUUGUAGGAAUGACUAAGGAACACCUGGGACUUGCCUUAGCGUUGUCCGUACCGGUAUUUGUUGUCGUGACGAAAAUCGAUAUGUGCCCGCCGAAUGUUCUGCAGGAAAAUCUGAAGCUGCUGAUAAGAAUUUUGAAAUCUCCUGGUUGUAGGAAAGUUCCGGUUACAGUGAAGACCCCUGACGACGUAGUAGUUAGCGCUACUAAUUUUGUCUCAGAACGAUUGUGCCCAAUAUUUCAAGUGUCCAACGUGUCCGGCGAAAAUCUAAACCUUCUUAAGAUGUUUCUCAAUUUAUUAACUGCGAGAAUUACUAGUCAUGAUGAUGAACCCGCUGAGUUUCAGAUAGACGAUACAUAUUCCGUACCAGGCGUUGGUACAGUAGUGUCCGGUACAACUUUAAAAGGUAUUAUAAAGCUGAAUGACACACUGCUAUUAGGACCUGAUCCACUAGGUCGUUUUACACCCAUAACUGUCAAGAGUAUCCAUCGAAAGAGGAUGCCCGUUCGCGAAGUGAGAGGUGGACAAACGGCUAGUUUCGCCCUGAAAAAGAUUAAACGGUCGCACAUACGCAAAGGUAUGGUGAUGGUCGCACCUGCGCUUAAUCCACAGGCCUGUUGGGAGUUCGAAGGUGAAAUUUUAGUGCUUCAUCAUCCUACAACAAUCAGCUCCCGUUAUCAAGCAAUGGUACAUUGCGGCAGUAUAAGACAAACUGCUUCUAUAUUGUCAAUGUCUCAGGAUUGUCUGAGAACGGGCGACAAAGCGUUAGUACAUUUUAGAUUUAUCAAACAUCCCGAGUAUAUAAAACCUGGACAGAGAAUGGUGUUCAGAGAGGGUCGUACUAAAGCAGUAGGAAACGUAGUGAAACUUAUACCGCAUUCGAAUAAUAUAACUACGCAGGCAUCCAGAAUUAAUAAGCCGAAUAAAACAUCGCAAAGUCGGCAGAAUGCAAACGUACAGACACUAGAAAUGACUGAAACCGAUUCGAUGAUUGAAGCACAAACAGCUAAACAAGAAAAUGUGCCCCAGAAAUCUGGAUUGAAUCAGAAUAAGAAAGGCAGAGGUCGAAGAGGAGGACGAUCUCAUAAUAGUAUCAACAAUAUUCAACCUUUAACAGAGCAGAACCCUCCUGCAAAAGUAUAAGUCUAUCGGUGUACAAAGAACACAUAUAAUUAACAUUCUUAUAACUUUCUGCUACGUAUGAGUUUCUCAAAAUACGAUCUACGAGAUGCGAAAUUACCGCAUUCUUCAACAAUUUUUCUUCUGAUAUAAAAAAAAACCCGUACUCUAUAGAUUGUGUAGAAACCUAUUCUCUAUAAAUUUAUUAAAAUACAAUGAUACAAAUUUAUUACAGUACAAUUCUUCGUAUCUCGACCGUUUUAAUCAUAUUAAAAAGAUAUUCUUUUAACUCAACGUGACAAAAAAAUAUAAAUCUCGGUAUUUAUAAAUUAUAUUAUUUUUGUAAAAGGCAUAUGCGUAUCUUAAGGCGAUAUACUUCCCUGGAAAAAAUGGACCAUUGUAAUAUUACGUGGUAAUAAAUUGAAGUGGUCCGUUUUUUACGAGUAUGUAUACAGAAUAAAAUUAAUAUCAAGAAAUACACGAUUCAUGUCUCCAUAUGUAAUGUAUAUAUGGAUACAUUUACAUUUGUACAAGAAGAGUGUGCGAACUUCUUUUAUCAACGCUUUUAGAAUUUGAAGAGAAAACUUGAAAUGGCCAAUGCUGUGCACAUUGUAAUAAAUACUUACAUCUUGUAUAAUAAUUUUGUGAAAAGGAUAUGAGGAUACUCGUAUAAUUACACAUUUACUUCAUUCAACUUUGUAAUACAUUUUGCAAUUUCAAGCAAAGAUAUAGCAUAUUAUAUUUAAAAUGUAAAAAGAAAAUUUUUCAUUGUAUCAGGCAUAUCUAUUUCCUAAUAAAUCAUUUACAUGCUGCAGAGAGAAAAAACAUUUUUCACAAAAAUUUAAAUAUUUCUACAUAAUUGAACAUUUAUUAUCAGUUGUACAUGUUGCUAAAAUAUUGUGAUCAUAAAUGUAUUAAAUAAAUUUUUGUUUUAUUACACAGAAA